UUAUAUUCAGUUGCUGAUCCAAUCUUGCCUACAGAGAUCAGAAAAGACUGGAAAAAACUGGAUCCUUAGUGAAGAAAUACUCUGGCCACUUUAAGAUGACAAGCACUUACCAGGCAAAGUUACUUCAUUGAAAGGAGACCUCAUCUUACACAAAAAAUUUUUAAAGGCCUGUGCCUUCAGAAGUUGCAGAAUGACCAAUAUAACCACUAGACAACCUCCAGCUGAGCCUUGCUCCCGGAACCCCCUGAUCAUUCAGCAAAUCAUUCCUGUACUGUACUUUGUGGUCUUCAUCACGGGGAUCCUACUCAACGGAGUGUCAGGAUGGAUAUUCUUUUACGUGCCCAGCUCCAAGAGUUUCAUUGUCUAUCUCAAGAACAUUGUUGUUGCUGACUUUCUGAUGUGCCUGACUUUUCCUUUCAAGAUCCUUGGCGACUCAGGCCUGGGCCCCUGGCAGUUGAAUGUGUUUGUUUGUAGGGUCUCCGCCGUGCUUUUCUACGUCAACAUGUACGUCAGCAUUGUCUUCUUUGGGCUCAUCAGCUUUGACAGAUAUUAUAAAAUCGUAAAGCCUCUUUUGACUUCUGUCAUCCAGUCAGUGAAUUACAGCAAACUUCUAUCAGUGACAGUAUGGGUGCUCCUGCUCCUUCUCGCUAUUCCAAACAUUAUUCUGACCAACCAGAGUGUUAGGGAGGUUACGAGAAUAAAAUGUAUGGAACUUAAAAACGAAUUGGGACGUAAGUGGCACAAAGCAUCAAACUACAUCUUUGUGGGCACUUUCUGGAUUGUGUUUCUUUUGCUUAUCAUCUUCUAUACAGCUAUCACAAGGAAAAUCUUUAAGUCUCACCUUAAGUCCAGAAGGAAUUCCAGUUCAGUCAAAAAGAAAUCUAGCCGCAACAUAUUCAGCAUUGUGUUUGUAUUUUUUGUCUGUUUCAUACCUUACCACAUUGCCAGAAUUCCCUACACACAGAGUCAAAUGGAUGCUCAUUACAGCUGCCACUCAAAAGAAAUCUUGCUCUAUGUGAAAGAAUUCACUCUGCUACUAUCUGCUGCAAAUGUAUGUCUGGACCCCAUUAUUUAUUUCUUUCUGUGCCAGCCAUUUAGAGAAAUCUUAUGUAAGAAACUGCAUAUCCCAUUAAAAGCUCUGAAUGACCUAGACACUUCCAAAUCCAAAAGGGGAAAUACAAUAAAUGAAAGCACAGAUACUCUUUGAAUUCACAGCCCCUUUCAAAUAAAGUCUAUGUAUGCAUGUUGACAUCUUCAGUUACAUGAUAAGAGGAAUAAACCCACACCACACCCUAACCAACUGAGCUAACUGGCCAGUGUGAUAAGAGGAAUGAUUAAGAAACAGGCCCAUAAUAAGAAUAAUCUCUAGCACUGCCAUCCAAUUUAGAACCAUAACCAAUGUAAGUUUCAAUGCUUUUUUGUAACAUCAAAGAAAAUACCCAUCAGCA